AUGAUAAUUGAUAACUCUAAACUCAAUAUUGGAGCAAUAAAGACGUACCGAAUGUAUAAGGAGAAGGUUGGUGGUUAUGAAAAUGUUGGAGCAACUGUUGGCGACUUCAAAAACUUUGCACGGGAUGUUAGAGCAUACAUUAUUGGAGAACAUGAUGCUGAUAUGUUUAUAAGCACCUUAAGUAGACAAAAGGAGAUGAAUAGUGGAUUUUUCUUUGACUAUGUAGCUAAUGCGAAAGAAGGUUUGCAUAGAGUGUUUUGGGCCGAUGCUUUGUGUAGGAGAAAUUACUUUGCUUUUGGAGAUGUUGUCUCGUUUGAUGCUACGUAUGGAACAAACAUGUACAACUUGGUAUUCUGCCCAUUUACAGGGAUUGACCAUCAUAAAAGGUCUGUGAUUUUUGGUGCUGCUUUGACAUCAAGAGAGAAUGACAAUUCUUUUGUGUGGGUUUUUGAAAAAUUCAAACAAGCUAUGGGCAAUAAGGAACCAAACUUUAUUAUCACUGACCAGGAUCCUGCAAUGAAGAAAGCUUUCCCAAAAGUAUUCAAUGAUGCACAACAAAAAUUCUGCAUGUGGCAUAUUAUGGGAAAACUUACUGACAAGGUGGGGAAAGGGAAAGACAUACAGAUUACAAACUCAACUGAUACAGAAGGGUUAGAAGAGUCGGAACCUAAUGACAUGGUGGGGAUAGCUGGAAGAAAUAAAGAAAAAGAUUUCCUCAAGAAGAUAAAUGCUUGUGUUUGGGAUAAAGAAUUAGAGCCACAAGAGUUUGUUGAUAAGUGGAAUGAAGUCAUACAAGAAUUCAAUCUGCAGCAAAAUAAGUGGCUUAAUGACAUAUUCAACAUAAAGGAGUCUUGGAUCCCAACAUAUUUCAAAGAGAAACCAAUGGCUGGCUUAAUCCGCACAACACAAAGAUCAGAGAGCCAGAAUAGUUUUUAUGGUAAUUUCAAUAGUCCAUGUGCUACAUUGGUUGAGUUCUGGUUGCGUUUCCAAACGGCUGUACAAUAA